CCUGCGCUCCACAGCGGGCCAUAACAGCCUGGAACAGACGGACCCCCAAGACGGAUUUCCCCAGUUUUUCUCCUGUAUCGCACAAAUUAACGUCCACGAGUCUCCAUCAUGCGCAAACACAUGCCCCAUAGAUGAUCUGUCUCGAAUUGCCAGUCAAGCAGCAACAACUUGUCGAUCGCUGCUUUUGUUGUCCUGUUGUUAUUUCGCUUGGACGGACUCCGGUCGAAAGCUCCCACGCUGCCCACGCCGGCGGCCGCCCAGCAAUGCUCGCCCUCCGACAGCGCGGUGGAGCAGGAAACGCGACAAAUCCGCAGCCAUUAAUUGGUUCCUCCGAGCGCAGGGGGGAUGUCGGGCGUCACACAGUCACUGGUUGUCACACCAAUCGUCGACGUCAGAUUCCUGCCGCUUGCCUCAGACCGUUGUUGUUAGCUGAGAUGCCAAGGUGAGGCCCAACAGCGCGGUGGAGAUGCAGGCCAGACGGGGCAAGAGACGCUCCGAUUACCAAGCACCUGUGGCCUCGACCUGCAGAGUAUACUGUUUGCUCUGCCACUAAUCA